CGCACGCGGACGCCGUUCUCGGUAGGCUUCCGGCGCACGCUGAUCUGCAGCCGCCGACGGGCCGGAGUUCGCGGAGCCGCUGCAGUCUGUCUCGCCUGUGCGCCUGGUUCAGCCGCCGCCAUGGGGAUCCUGGAGAAGAUCUCCGAGAUCGAGAAGGAGAUCGCCCGCACGCAGAAGAACAAGGCCACCGAGUAUCACCUGGGCCUGCUGAAAGCAAAACUCGCCAAGUAUCGGGCCCAGCUCCUGGAACCCUCCAAAUCGUCCUCAUCCAAAGGCGAGGGCUUCGAUGUCAUGAAGUCGGGCGACGCCCGCGUGGCGCUGAUCGGCUUCCCCUCUGUGGGUAAGUCCACCUUCCUCAGCCUGAUCACCUCCACGGCCAGCGAGGCUGCGUCCUAUGAAUUCACAACCCUGACCUGCAUCCCUGGGGUCAUUGAAUACAAAGGCGCCAACAUCCAGCUCCUGGACCUUCCUGGGAUCAUCGAAGGCGCAGCACAAGGGAAGGGCCGUGGCCGGCAGGUGAUCGCCGUGGCACGCACAGCCGACGUCGUCAUCAUGAUGCUGGACGCCACCAAGGGAGAGGUGCAGAGGUCCCUGCUGGAGAAGGAGCUGGGGUCGGUCGGCAUCCGCCUCAACAAGCACAAGCCCAACAUCUACUUCAAGCCCAAGAAAGGAGGCGGCAUCUCCUUCAACUCGACGGUCACGCUGACCCAGUGCUCAGAGAAGCUGGUGCAGCUGAUCCUGCACGAGUACAGCAUCCUUCCCGAAGAGAUCUUCAACGCGGAGGUGCUGUUCCGAGAAGACUGCUCCCCGGACGAGUUCAUAGACGUGAUCAUGGGCAACCGCGUGUACAUGCCCUGCUUGUAUGUUUAUAACAAAAUCGACCAGAUCUCAAUGGAGGAAGUGGACCGCCUGGCCCGGAAACCUGACAGCGUGGUCAUUAGCUGCGGCAUGAAGCUGAACCUGGACUAUCUGCUGGAGAUGCUCUGGGAGUACCUGGCCCUGACCUGCAUCUACACCAAGAAGAGAGGCCAGAGGCCGGACUUCACGGACGCCAUCAUCCUCCGGAAAGGGGCCUCUGUGGAGCACGUGUGCCACCGCAUCCACCGGUCACUCGCCAGCCAGUUCAACGACACUGUCAGCUUCGGCCGGGUGGGUACAGAGGCUGAUGUGGUCCCCCGUCCCGCUCCCCACUCAGGGCACCAGCACCAAGUACAGCCCGCAACGGGUGGGCCUGACCCACACCAUGGAGCACGAGGACGUCAUCCAGAUCGUGAAGAAGUAGUGGCCCUGCCCCCGCCCCCGCCCCCGCCCCCAGUGGGACUCACCAGAGCCUAAAGUGGGGAAAUACAAAUGCACCCCAGGAAGGGGUCUCUCAUGUCUGCUGCUUGCAGAAAUUUCUUCAAUGGGCAGAUGGUGGACAGCAUGCUGGGGCCUUAGGACGAGGUUGGGGCUGGGCUGGGCUGGCGGUGUUUCCCAUGAGACUGGACUCUGGAAGGGGUCCUAUUUGGGUCCCUGGGCCUGCGCCUUCUCCCCCCACUCCCCGCCCCUUCCAGUGCAGAAUGAGCAAGCGGCCCACCUGUCCCCAGCUAGGGCCUAGUGCAGAUGGCUGGCUUGACGCCGUGGGCCUACUUGGGUCCCUGGCGGCCCCUCAGCUCCUGCCGGUUUUUCUGGUUCUCAGGGAGGGGGCUGCCCAGGAUAAAACCCCCUAUCCACCCCCCACCCCAGGGCUGCCCCGUGAUGGAAACCAGAGAUCUGGGGCUUUAAAGGCCCAGCUCACGCCCUCCACAGCCUGACCAGUCCAGAAGGGCCACCCCCUCCCAGGGCACCCCCUGCCCAGCACAGAGCCCAGGACCCAGCCCGGUGCAGAUACCUGGGGUGGCGGAUUUGGAGUCUGGGCUCUGCGUUUUCUCUAAAUACCACCCCACCCUGCACCCCCAAAUCUCUCGGCUCUCCUUCCUGAAAUAAAAAGUGGAAACAA